GUCGACUGUCAAUUAGAGUAAGUUUCUUUUUAUUGACACAAUACAAUUCACAAUUCACGUUACAAAAGAGGAUAGUUAAAAAAUGCCGAGUCAAGAAGUAACAACAACUAAAGUGGUGGUUCACCCUCUAGUUUUACUGAGUGUGGUGGACCACUUUAAUCGUAUGGGUAAAAUAGGAAACCAAAAACGUGUAGUUGGAGUACUAUUAGGAUGUUGGCGAGCUAAAGGAGUGUUAGAUGUAUCCAACAGUUUUGCAGUACCUUUUGAUGAAGAUGAUAAGGAUAAAUCAGUGUGGUUCUUAGAUCAUGAUUAUCUAGAAAAUAUGUAUGGUAUGUUCAAAAAGGUCAAUGCACGGGAACGAGUGGUGGGAUGGUACCAUACAGGACCAAAGUUACAUCAAAAUGACAUUGCAAUAAAUGAAUUAAUCCGAAGAUAUUGUCCAAAUUCAGUAUUGGUAAUUAUUGAUGCUAAACCUAAAGACCUUGGACUUCCUACUGAAGCAUAUCAAGCUGUGGAAGAAGUACAUGAUGAUGGGUCACCUACUUCGAAAACUUUUGAACAUGUACCUAGUGAAAUAGGGGCCGAAGAGGCUGAAGAAGUAGGAGUGGAACAUCUACUUAGAGAUAUUAAAGACACAACAGUAGGAACCCUUUCCCAGAGAAUUACCAAUCAGCUGUUGGGGUUAAAGGGUCUACAUUCACAAUUGAGGGAUAUACGAGAUUACCUGAUACAGGUUAGCGAAGCAAAAUUACCUAUUAAUCAUCAAAUUAUUUAUCAGUUACAAGACAUAUUUAACCUUCUACCUGAUAUCAAUCAAGAGGUUUUCACAAAAUCAUUUUAUAUUAAAAAUAACGAUCAAAUGCUGGUGGUAUAUUUGGCUGCUAUGGUAAGAUCUAUUGUUGCAUUGCAUAAUUUAAUCAACAACAAAUUAACAAAUCGAGACGCAGAGGAGGGUAAAAAAGAAGAUAGUAAAAAGGAAAAGGAGAGUAAAGAUAAGGAUAAGGAUAAAGAAAAGGAUGGAAAGAAGGAUGAGAAGAAGAAAUCUUAAACAAAGAAAUUCAUGUUAAAUUAGAAUUUAUUAAUAUGUAUGCAAACAUUUCUCUACAAUAAAUUAUGUUUUAUAACAAAAUA